GUUUUUGGCGCCUAAUUCCACCGUCCGAAGCGCCGGUGUUCACUUUUGCAGAUAACGCAAUAGAGACUCAGAUAUGGAGCCUACCUAGAGUGUCUGUGCGAUUUAUGGACAAACAAUUGAAGUUAAAAAUAGAAAGACGAUAAAUUAUGAGAAAUUGGGGAUGGCAUUCUCGGUAAAUCAAUCAUGUGACGGAUUUUCAAAUACAACAGCAAAAAAGAGGAGGAAAGGGAGAAGAAAAAAGAGUAGGGCUCUGAGUUGUGAUAAUAAUGUUUCUACAGAAGCAAAAAUCAGUAAUGAUGAUAUGCAGGAUGUAUGUGUAUAUAUGGAGCAUAAUAAUAAGAGGAAAAAGAGGAGGAAAGCGAGAAGAAAAAGGAAUACGGCUCUGAGUUGUGAUAAAUAUGUUUCUACUGAAGCAAAAACCAGUAAUGAUAAUAUGCAGGAUGUAUGUAUCGAUGGUAUCAGUAAUGAUGUUAUGCUGGUUCUGGAGCAGAAUAAUAAAGGAAUAAAGAGGAGAAAAUUGAAAAGGAAGAAGCAGAGAGAGAAUUAUUGUGACAUUAAAGGUCCUGAAGAGGAAGUUAAGAUGGCAAGGUGUUCUCCAUAUUUCAAGAAAGUGCCUGACUGUGAGGAGAAUGGAAGUAGUAAAUCUGUUGAAGCUAUUAAUUCUGAUUUAUGUGUGAAGCCUAUCAAGGCUGAGUGCGUGGAGGUUACUUUGGAAAUGCAUCAGAAGAGUAACAAAAGGAAGAAAAAGAGAAAUGCUAAACGUGGUAUCGCUGAUACGAGAGCAGGAAAUGGACUUGGUUCUACUUAUGAAACAGAUGCAAAUCCAGAUAAGAGGGAAAUGGGUGUGAACCCCGUCCUGAAUGGUCCUCCUAAUACCAAGUGGGAAAUGACAGGCAAAGAUAUUAAUGAAAAGGAUAUUAAACAAUCUGGUGAUUUAGAUGAGGGAUGUACUACUGUUGCUUCGUUGCCGGUAACGCGUGGUGAUAAUGUUGUAGCUACUAGUAUUGAUGAUCUCUUUUCACAGUUUGCAUACAAAAGUGGAAACUUUAGUUCUGUUAAAAGAAGAACUGAAGAUGACAAAGAAUGCCAUUGGGUCACACGUUUGUAGUCCUUUCUCUCAUAGGAUGAAAACAAUCCAAAAGGCUUCGAUAUCUGGCUCUAUGACUGGAUCUGAGAGUCCUUGGGAAAGAAGGUAGCAGACCCUGCAUAUCUCAGAAUCUGAUGGAUGAAACAAUAAUUGAGACAAAAAGAGUUUGUGUUUCAAAUUGUGACAAGGUAAAUGAUGAAUGCGUUGAACAGAAAGUACGAGUUGUUUCCCCCUACUUCGUGAGCUCAGAGAACGUAGAAACUGAAAUGAAGAAAGGAAGGUCCCUAAAACGUGUGACGAAAAGAAAUGGAAAAUGUAACAAAAAGUCAGAAGCCAAAGUUCGAGUUAUUUCCCCUUACUUUGUUAACUCAGAAGUGGGAGAAGAAAUAAAGGCAGGGAAGGAUAGACCAAAUUCGCCUUCAAAGAGCUGCAUCACUGGAAAAAAGGUUUCUCCCUACUUUCUUAAUGCACAUCGUGAAAAAGAGAAUGCAGUGAUCAGCAUGGUAGGAGGUGGAACUGUCUCAAAAAACCCGAAACCUUGUCUCUUGGAGAAUGGAGAAACCGAAAUGAAGAAAGGAAGGACUCUAAAGUGUGUGAGGAAAAAAGAUGAAAAAACUGACAAAAAAUCACGAGCCAAAGUUCGAGUGGUUUCCCCUUACUUUGCUAACUCAGAAGUAGGAGAAGAAAUAAAGGUAGGGAAGGAUAGACCAAAGUCGCCCUCAAAGAAGUGCGUCACUGGGAGAAAGUUUUCUCCCUACUUCCAUAAUGCACAUUGUGAAAAAGAGAAUGCAGUGAUCAGCACGAUAGGAGGUGGAACAGACUCAAAAAAGCGGAAAAAUUAUCUCUCUGCUGCCCAGAAGAGAGACAAGGCUUAUUUCAGGAGGACUGAAGCUAACACAUGGAUACCUCCCCGAUCCCAUUUUAGUCUGCUGCAAGAAGACCAUGCUCAUGAUCCUUGGAGGGUGUUGUUUAUCUGUAUGCUUCUAAAUUGCACCACUGGCUUGCAGGUUCGCAGAGUCCUAUCAGAGUUUUUCACACUCUGUCCAAAUGCAGCGGCUGCUACAGAGGUUGCUCCGGAGGAUAUUGAAAAGUUGAUACGACCUUUAGGAAUACAUAGAAAGAGAGCACGGAUGAUUCAAAAUCUCUCUAAAGAAUAUCUGGGAGAAAGUUGGACUCAUGUGACACAACUACAUGGUAUUGGCAAGUAUGCAGCUGAUGCAUAUGCAAUAUUUUGUACGGGCAAGUGGCAUCAAGUACAUCCAGAUGAUCAUAUGCUAAACAAAUACUGGGAAUCCCUCCAUGAACUUUAAGAUAUGGUUCCUUCUCAAGGUAUUCAUGGACUAUAAGUUAAUAGCAAAAAGCUCGAUGCAUAGUGUUAUGGACAAUAGGUCUCAGUAGUAGGUGGCACAUUUUGGGGGUCAGUUACAUCUUUUGAAUUUUUACUACUAUAUUGGAUGGCAAAGGGUGGGGCAGGGGCAUUGUGGAGAUUCUAAUUUUUUAGCUGUUGUACUAUGCAAUUUUUGGGACUUUGUUUUGAAGUGACAAAAAAAACCAUCCGACAUUCUAUAGAAUUACUUUCUUGUGAUUUUUUCUUUCUCUUUCUUUGUUACGUCUAACCAAAUCUUCAGUAUGAA